CCCAAUCCCAAUCCCAAUCCAUCCGCCGCCAUGAACAAGCUUCAACUCACCACCUUCUUCCUCCUCCUCCUCAGCUCUACGGCCGCUUCUUCUUCUCCUCUCCCUGCGCAGAAGACGGGGCCGGAGGGGACGAGGUGGGCCAUCCUGGUGGCCGGCUCCGGCUACUACUACAACUACAGACACCAAGCCGACGUCUGCCACGCCUACCACAUUCUCAAGAAGGGAGGCCUCAGGGACGACAAUAUCGUCGUUUUCAUGUCCGACGACGUCGCUUUCAGCGUCGGCAACCCUCGCCCGGGGAUCCUCAUCAACAAGCCCACGGGAAGCGACGUCUACUCCGGCGUCCCCAAGGACUACACCGGCAGCAAUUGCACCGCCGACAAUUUUUAUGCGGUGAUUCUUGGGAACCGGUCCGCUUUGACGGGCGGCAGCGGGAAAGUCGUCGACAGUGGCCCCGACGACACCGUUUUCAUCUACUACGCCGACCAUGGCUCCGCUGGGCUCGUUGGAAUGCCUGUGGGGAAAAGCGUGUACGCCCACGACCUGAUGGAAGUUCUGAAGAAAAAGCACACUGCUAAUGCUUAUAAGAGCAUGGUGAUAUAUAUGGAGGCGUGCGAGGCGGGGAGCAUGUUCGAUGGGGUGUUACCCGGCGACAUGAACAUCUACGCCGUCACGGCGUCGAACACAUCGGAGAGCAGUUACGCCUUCUAUUGCCCCGGAGACUACCCCGCCGGCGCUCCCCCUGAUUUCCAGACCUGCUUGGGCGACUUAUUCAGCAUUUCCUGGCUCGAGGACAGCGAUUUGCACGAUCCGCGCAAGGAAACCCUUGAACAACAAUACCAUGCGGUGAGAAGGAGAACGGCGAUGGAUUCAGAAAACUCAAGCUCCCACGUGAUGCAGUACGGAGACAAGACCAUCGCCCACCAACUACUCUCCUUCUACAUCGGUUUCGACGACGGCGCCGGCGCCGAUGCAACCACCAGUCGUAUUAUUAGCACUACUAGUUAUCACGAUCGCCGCCUCGCCACGGCCACCGCUGCCAUUCCUCGAGCCGCCCCCGUCAGCCAACGUGACGCUGUCCUUGUCCAUCUCCAGCAACAGUUCAGCCUGGCUACACGAGGGUCACAGGAAAAGGCAGAGGCUGAAAUGAAGUUGGAGAGGGAGAUUUUCAGGAGGAAGCAAGCGGAUGAGAGGAUAACAAGGAUCGGAGCCAUGCUGCUUGGCGGCCACGAUAACGCCGUGAAUCUGAUGAACUCGGUCAGGCCUUCCGGCCACCCUCUCGUCGACGAUUGGGAUUGCUUCAAGUCCUUUGUGGAAACAUACGAGGAAGAAUGCGAGGAGAUGCCGUCGGAGUACUAUGGGAAGAAGUACAGCAGAGCCCUAGCCAACAUGUGCAAUGCGGGAGUUACUCUCCACCAACUCAUCGCGGCUUGCAAGAAAGCUUGCCCUAACAACAAAUUAGGCAAGGGCAUGGUUAAUGAAACCAUAUUUCGACCUUAAAUCUAUCACCUCUCUCUCCCUAGCUAAACUCUUUUUGUUGAUGAAUCUUGUGGUUGUUGCAGUAGUGACGACUAUUAGUCAUGGUUUUUAAUCAUGAGGAUGCAUGUGAUCAAAUACUGGAUCUCAUCUCUAUGGCAAUUCAGGAUUGAAUUCAUGGAUUGGUGUAUUCUUGAAUCAGAUUAGUUGGUUCAAAUGUAUUGGUUGAUUAAUGGAUUGAAUCAAAUGGAUUGGUGUAUCCUUGAAUCAAAUUAGUUGGAUCAAAUGUAUUGGUUGAUUAAUGGAUUGGUGGAUUGGAAUCAUUGGAUUAUGGUUUCAAAUGGCAUCUAAAUAUUGGACCAACACGUAAAUUUUGAAAAUUUUAGGUACUACAACAUCAUAAUAAAAAAAUUAGGCACCAAAAAGUAAUUUUCAAAUGCAAUAUUUCGGUAAAAAAUAAAUAUUAGAUAUCGAA